AUGUCUUACGUGGACUCGAAGGCGAUCUUCAAACAAAGAUGUGAAGCAGUGCAAUUGCCCCAGGAAGUUGUGGAGAAAUUGGAGUUGAGGGGUUGGGCAACCUUUGCGAGCUUGGCUCACGCACCGAAAGCGACGCCGGGCCAAGCGAAUGCUGAUGUUGCGAUUCAAGACAUGAUAGACGCUGUCCUGGGCACUACGUUGGGGGCUCACGAAGCGAGUCUCAGGAGGUUGCACUGGGAAGCGUGGACUUUGACAGCAGCUGAUCUCAAACGCAAGGUGGACGGUUCCGACGAAGCCGCGGCUCGCAUAUUACCCGUAGCGGAGAUUUGGGCCAGGUUGAACGUUUUGUCCAAGAAGAUAUCGCCGCUGAGAUUGCAAGGGGUUCUGGAGCCAAGCCACGCAAGCAUACACCUUUUCACGGCCAUGGCUGAGGAAGGAAGACUCAGGUACAUCGAAUGGUCCAAGAUCACCACGAGGGACCAAGAGAUCAAUGGGGGGACUGAGGACCCCCUCCUCAAAGCGUGGAAGCCCGACAAGCAAGGUAUUGUCCGGGAGGUGGCCCAGUCCCAAAGCAUACGGAGACGAGCCAUAUGCUAUGCAGUGGCCGAUUUGAUGUCGUUCGAGGUGCACGAGGCGAUCGUUCUCUUCUUGUUUGACGCCUACCAGAAAGUGCCCCAGGACGGCUACAUGAAGGUGACCCUCACUCAGAUGGCAAUGUGCGACAGGGAGAUCCAUGUCAGGUUGAGUGAGCUUUGCAGGGAGGGAUUCUCUCAUGGUCGAGACGGAUCGCUACCACUGGACCGUCACGUGCCGGAGGUUCUCAAAAUGAGGUCAGUCGAACAGCUGGUGUUGCAACGCCUGAAGAGCAAAGGCACGGUGCCACCACCGCCAAACCCCCCAGGAACGGGGAAAAGAGCAAAGAAGCGUAAGAUCAAGGAGACGGAAGCGAAUGCUCAGGCAGGCAAGGGCAGGAAGGUGGACAGUGGAUCCAAAGGGACCGGCAAGGCGGGCAACAACAAGACCAAAGCGCCAUACAUGCCAGCAGGCCUCAGAGGAGGUGUGCCUUCCGACAAUCAAGGCGAGCCGUUGUGUUGGUCCUUCAAUCUGGGGCACUGCAAAAAUGGUGGAUGUGAUAUUGAGAAGUGCGACAAAGGCAGACACGUCUGCUGUUUUCCUGGGUGCUUUCGCAAACAUUCGUUUGUGGAGCACCACAAAAAGGCGGUGGGCUACGCAGUUCCGGUCACAGCGCCAUCGUUUUCCAAAUCCGAGGAGCAGGGUGGCAACAUACGAUCAGCUACCCCGUCGGAUGCCGACGUCGUUGGAGAGCACGAGCAAGGGGGCAAGCAGGUGGCCAGCCCUCUCCACUUGGCUGCCCGACAAGCCAUCCAACAACCAGUGGGCAGUGACAUCAUGGCGUGUACCCCGGGCACAGAGCGAACAGAUGUGGAUGGGACAACAGGACCAAAUGGGUCUCAAAACACGCCCACGGCAUCCUCAUUAGCUCCAGCAGGGUAUGCGGCCUCCGCACCCAGCGGGAGCGAGGUCAACAGGUUCGGGGCAGAGCCUCUAUCAGCUCAAGUGGGUCACGCGGACUCCGCACCCAUCUGGAAUGAAGGCAGUGAAGAAGGCAUCUACGUCGGAGAAAAGACCCAGCAAGCCUCGACCAAGUCGGGACCACAGCGGCCACCGCGCCCGGCGUGGAGAGCAGUUGUGAGGAUGCUGCAGUUGGAGGCAGAGUGCAGAGCUGGCGAGAAAGCCCUUCACAAAGGCAUGCACCCGGAAGUGGCCGCCGUGUUAGCGGGCAAGAGACUUGUUCUCUUUGGACGGUUAUUGCAGUGGGCUGGCGUAGAGGACGCGGGCUUGGUGAAAGAGAUGGCCGGUGGGUUCAGAAUUCUAGGACAUGCCGAACCUUCAGGACAGUACCCGGUGGUAUAUAAGCCAGCAGCCUUGAUGGAAGAAGACCUGAAGAUGCUCGCGCCGUGGCUAAGGAGCAAGGUGGAGGCUAAACACGAUGUGCCAGAUGCUGAGGUGGCGAACCAUCUUUGGGAUGAGGCUGAACAGCAGGCGACUGAUGGGUCUGGUUGGCUAUUGGGCCCUUAUACUGCCGAGGAACUGGACGCAAUGUAUCCUGAUGGGUGGGUGCCCUCCAGAAGGUUUGGGGUUGUUCAAGGCGAGAAGACCAGAGCCAUCGACGACCCAAAGGCAUCCAUGGUAAAUGCUACUUGUGGCACGUCGGAUAAGCUGGUACUGCAGGACAUUGAUGUGGUUUGCGCGACGGCCAAGGCCUUCAUGAAAGAAUUGCUGGAUGGUUACAGCAGGGUCGCUCCUCACAUUCAAGGCAAGGCUUUGGAUUUGAAGAGCGCGCCUUCAACAGAGUUGCGGGUGGAUGAUUUGUGCGACUCUGCACAAGCGACGGCUGCGAUGUUGCUGAAGUUGCUUGGGUGGAAGGUGGCUGAGGUCUGCAGCGGGACAAGUGUGGGUGGAGCCCUCUUGGCUAGCCUGAAAGGGCGUCUGAUGUAUGCAGCGACCCACACGUUUGGUCGAGUGGCUCUCAUGGCAGUCAAGCUCCUAAGCAAACUCCUGCGGGCUGGCGGGCCAGUUCUUUUGCAGGAACACGACAAACGGCUCAUCAGGCAAUGCUUCGAGAUGAUCAGGGAUGCACGGCCUAGGGUCAUACAGGUGUGCGACGUAGUGAGCCCGAUCAUCAUCUUCACCGAUGGGGCGUGCGAGCAGCAAGGAAACCUAGUCACGUAUGGGGCGGUGCUGAUUGACACCAUGGAUGGCAGCAAGCAGGUCUUCGGCGAAGAGGUCCCUCGGCAGAUUCUUGAGACCUGGAAACGAGGCAACAAGGAGCAAGUGGUGGGGCAAGCCGAGAUCCUGCCGGUGGUUGUUGCCAAGGUCAAAUGGAAGGACAUCCUAGCAAGAAGGAGGAUCAUCUGGUUCAUUGACAAUGAGUCGGCAAGAUGUGCUUUGGCAGCUGGUUCUUCCCCGGUGUUGGCGUCGUUUGCGAUGCUUUGCGUGAAUGCUCAUUUGGACGCAGGUACCGGGUGCCGAGUGUUGAGGAAGGAGGCUGCGCUGGGUGCAGCGUGCUUCGUUUCUCACCCACUAGUUGUGUACCGGGUGCCGAGCGUUGAGGAAGGAGGCUGCACUGGGUGCAGCGUGCUUCGUUUCCCACCCACUAGUUGUGCGCUUGUGGACCCUGAUGCCAAGCCAGUGCGCAAAAAACGGCCCUUGCUGCUGUCGGUUCGUGGAAAUGCGUCGCAUGCCCUCCUGCUCGAAUUUCAGGCAGACAAGCCGACAAGCCUGGGCCGAAGCUAUUCCCUUGUCCUCACGCACCCCCAAGCCUGUGCUGGACAAGGACUUCUGGACGCGUCUCUGGAGAGGCCUUGCCGCCGGGUGGCACGGGACGGACUCCCGCCGGCACGAAAGGAGGAGCACCCACUUUCAGGUCCUUCGCGGGAAGGCAAGGACUGUGCAACGGGGUAG